AUACAUACACUGCUUUCCAAAUGGGUGCCACCCGAAGAGCGUGGCACACUUGGCACAUUUUGCUACACUGGCCUCUCGUUUGGUACCGUUGUAAUGCUGUUGGUAAGCGGUUGGAUAGCUACAUCUCCACUUGGCUGGCCAGGCAUAUUCUAUUUCUCCGGCGUUGUCAGCCUGCUUUGGGCUCUGGUAUGGUACUUUUUAGGCGCUCGUUCACCCAGCGACUGUAAAUGGAUAUCGGUGGAAGAAAAAUUGAUGAUCGAGUCCACUUUGGGGACUUCCGCCAAGUCGCCGCAUGGGCAAGCCCCUAUGAAAACACCAUGGAGUAAGAUACUCACAAGUGUGCCUUUUUGGGUAACACUGGCAGCGCAAAGCAGUUAUGGGUGGUGUUUUUAUACACUUCUCACACAAAUUCCAUCCUAUAUGAAUAGCAUUCUGGGACAGAAUAUCAAGAGCAAUGCGUUAAUGUCUGCACUGCCAUAUCUCGCCAAUAUGUGCCUAACAGUUGUCUUUUGUGCUCUGGCCAAUUUCCUCAUGAAACGUGGUUACACCAGUGUCUACGCUAGCCGAAAACUGUUCAACACCAUAGGCUUAUGGGUGCCGGUAGCGCCGCUCAUUUUACUCGGCUACAUGCGCGCUGAACAGAGUCAAUUGGCGCUCGGCUUGCUGGUGAUAGCUGUUGGUGCAACCGCGGCUGGUUCUUUAGGUUUCCUCACCAAUCAUAUUGAUCUAUCGCCAAAUUUUGGUGGCAUAUUGAUGGGCGUGGGUGGCUUUGUAGCGAAUAUUAUGAGUAUGCUGUCACCACUAACAGUGGGCUUCAUAGUCACAGAUGCGAAAGAUGUACAUCAGUGGCGCGUGGUGUUCUAUAUUGUAGGUGGCAUCUGCUUUAUUGGCAAUCUGUUGUUUCUUCUGUUCGGUCAAACCGAGAUUCAAUCAUGGAACUAUCCCAAAACGCAAACGCAAAGGGAUCCCCGUGAUCAUAUUAAGUUUGAAAUGAUUAAUAUAAGAAGGGAAAUAGACUAAAAUACUAAAUUAGUUAAGUGUAAUAUACAAACAUACUAUGUAUGUAUGCAUGUACUUCCAUGUGAAUUAAUAAAGAAUAUGUAUGUGUGUGAGUUUAGCACUCAAGGAACGACCUAGCAAAAUCAUAGCUUACAUUUGGUAAGCGCUUCCUUUUGUAUCGAAUGAAGUAGUGCCCUACGAGUAACUACGAUUCGGCUAUUCUCUUACCUUACCGAUUACACGUGUAAGCAAUAAGUAAGCAGUUAUACUCCUUUUAGAUGACUUUCAAUGAUAUGUCAAUGUUUAUAUCAGGCGUAUCUUGAAGAUUUAAAAAUGGAAUAUGAAA